AUGAUUGGCUUUAUCCAAUUAUAUUAUCUCAGUCUUCCAUUAUUGGUUAUGGGGAUGAAGGGACUUCAAAUGGACACAAGCUUUGACCUCAACAAAAUUCCAAUGGAUGAGGACCUGAGUGAUAUCAAUGCUUCAAAGACCAGUCAAUCAUCUUUUAGACCUUAUAGAAAAGUUACAAGAGUAGACAAAAGUCAACUCAAUUCCAACAAAGACUCACCACAUAAUCAUCAAUUCAGAGAUCAAGAAUCAAUGUCAACAAAUCAAGAUAUCCCAACCCCAGUCAGAUUGAGUAAGUCAAAUGCAAGAGUAUGGUCGGAAGAUUUGUUGAGUAGUCUCAAUCACCCCCGAGAUUCACUUCAAUCGCCAAAGGAUCCAAAAUCAAGUCAUAAUUUGGAUGAUGUUUCAACAAACAUGCAAAUUUAUAACGCCAGGAAGACAUCAAUACAACCAUUGUUUGGAACUUCGGAAGAGAAACCUUUGCUUGCAGUUAUUAUUGAGAGUGAUCAAAAUGCUUAUGAGGGAAGACAUACAGGUGAAUUCCUUUUGGAUCUGAGUGUGGAUAAACCACCCUGUUCACUCCCAGGUAUAACUUUUGGAGACACAUCUUCAAUCAAUCGAGGAUUAAAAAGGAAGAAUCUGAUCGACCAUGAUGAGAGAGAAGUUUCUCAAACUGAUAUAGAUAAAUGCAAUGGUCAAUCAGCCGUCUUGCACGAUCAAGAACAGAUCAUCACAGGUUCAACUAACAAAAAAUCAAACAAUUUGAAUGAGGAUUACAAAGGCGCAAGGAACAAAUAUUUCAAACCGAAUUCAAACCUCUUUCUAAAGCGUAUCCCCUUACAUGAUCUGGGUUUGUUGGACUUUCAUUCAGACGAAUCAAAUUAUCGCUCAUCUAUGUCAAUUAUCCCAGAGGACAUUGCGUUCAGUAAGAGACUUGAUCAACCCAUCAAAUCUACUCAUCAUUCCAUGAAAAGUUCAGUUGAGCAAAGGCAGAGGUUGUUACCUAUUGAAGAUCAAUUCAUUUCGAUUUAUGCGAAUCAAUCUAGGCACCAUCAGAAGAUUUUUCAGUAUAUACGUUCGUUUUGUAAUUGGAUUGAAGAUGAUUCGAAUGAUAAUUUUCAAGGUCAUAGACUUCUCAGCCUUAAUUAUAACAAGCUGAGAAAAUAUAUGGGUGAUCUAGAUUGGCGUUGGUAUUCCUUGAGUCAUCUAUAUUUAUUUCCAUGUUAUGAUAGUCAUCCAAAGAAAUUUAAACCUUUGAGAACUAAAUUUGAUGACAGUAUAUAUGACAUUUGGGAUGCAUAUGACAGACUUCGUUGGGUCAGACAAGUUCGAUCAAGCUAUAAAAUUCCAACUUCUAGACAAAAGUUAUGUGAAGCAAUUAUGUGGGGAGGAUAUAUUCUCUUCCAAUCGAACAAAUCUCCUAAAAAUAUUACUCGUGCAAUAGAAAGAUUUACUAAAGCAUGGCGUCAAAUUCAUACUCCAAUGGUUGAUAUUGGACAUUUUCCUCUAAUUUACAUUGCCAACUGUAUGCGCGAUAUGGCAGCAUUGACAGAAGAAACUUGGAGGGCUAGUGAUAAAAUCCGAAAAACAUUCAACAAUAUUUACUUGGAAAGAGACGAUAGUCAUAGCGGAAAAGAUGUAUGGAAGAUUCUGACUCCUUUGAUGAGUGCUCAAGACCAAAAAAAAAUGAGUUGGGAUCAACACGAGAAAAGGGCAAGAUUAUUGAUAGAAGCCAUUGAAAAACCUCAACACUUCACAUCUCAGAUCACAUCAUGGGGAUUUAGACCUGAUCAAGCUCUGGCUUUAUGGAAUGUGGGUACAGAAAUGAAAAAUUUACAAAAACAACAACAGAUGAUUAUGGAUCAAAUUUAUGAGGGAAUGAACCCAAAACUUAGCAUGAAUCAUUCAGUGGAGAUCAGUAAAGGUAAUGUGUCACUUUAUCUUGAAAAUGCUCUUUACUUCCAGAUUUCAAAUGGACCUAAAACUAAUUUUGGCUCUGAUAUGAUAUAUACAAAUUUCUAG